UCCAGUCACCGUCGCGGCUUCCGGUGCUAGGUGGAGGGAAGGAAGGAAGGAGGGAGCCGGGGAGCGGGGCCCGGGGAGCGGAGGCUAGCCGAAGUCGGCCCUGGGAGCUUGAAGGAUCGGGGAGGAGAGGAAGGGAGAGGGAGGAGAGAGCGAGCGCGCGAGGGCGAGCGAGCGCCGGGCGGAUCCUGCGGGGGCGGAGGCGGCGGUCGCAGCGGCGGAGCCGGGAGCUGGAGCAGGAUCAAGUCUCAGACCGGAGACCUGGUUUUAAGUCUGUUUUUAACCAGACUUCCACUGACCUCCACUUGGGCCCCACUAUCCUCAGAAAGCAGCUGCUGUAAUCAUGGGCAAUAUCUUUGGAAAUCUUCUUAAGAGCCUGAUUGGGAAGAAGGAGAUGCGCAUCCUAAUGGUGGGCUUGGAUGCUGCAGGAAAGACCACCAUCCUGUACAAAUUGAAACUGGGGGAGAUCGUUACCACCAUCCCUACCAUUGGGUUUAAUGUGGAGACAGUGGAAUAUAAGAAUAUCAGCUUCACAGUGUGGGAUGUAGGUGGCCAGGACAAGAUUCGACCCCUCUGGAGACACUACUUCCAGAACACCCAAGGCUUGAUAUUUGUGGUUGAUAGCAAUGAUCGGGAGCGAGUAAAUGAGGCUCGGGAAGAGUUGAUGAGGAUGCUGGCAGAGGAUGAGCUGCGGGAUGCUGUGCUCCUUGUCUUUGCAAACAAACAGGACCUGCCGAAUGCUAUGAAUGCUGCUGAGAUCACAGACAAGCUUGGCCUGCAUUCGCUGCGUCACCGCAACUGGUACAUUCAGGCGACCUGUGCCACCAGCGGGGAUGGGCUGUAUGAAGGCCUGGACUGGCUGGCCAAUCAGCUCAAAAACAAGAAGUGAGAGCCAGGCAGUCCUGUCCAACUGCCCCACCCACCCUGACAUACCUGUUGUGUCCCCACCCCAGCCCUUCCCACCCCUUCCUUCCCAUUGCAAGUAUGGCUAAGGCCUUGGGUAUCAUGUCCGCAUGCCCAGUAAGAGCCUUGCCUCCCCUUCCUCCCCUCCUCUCCUUUCUGCCCUAUCCACUGACAUGACCCAAUUGCUGUCCUGAUGAUGAAUCAUUCCAAUUUACUGGAUUUAAAACAAAAAUGAGGUUGUUAUGGUUUCAUGGGGUGCCCCUCUCUUCUUACCCUUUGGGUUUUGGGAAGUAGAAUGGGGUAUUCUCUCUGUUUGCAUUGUUUGGCACUGGUUGCUGUGCUCUUGGCAUCUGAGUCCCUUCCCUGUCUCCCCUCCCCCAGGCCCCUUUCCUACUCCAUCUUCCUUUCCUUCAACACCCUCUCCUUAUUCUACAUGGAAAUUGCACGGGCCUCUCUGUGUGUGCGUGCAUGUGUGCGCCUGUAUAUACAUGUAUAGAGAGAUAUAUAUGUGGGGCCAGGGGAAAGGUUGGGGGGGAGCACAGCUCAGGGCUUACGGCCAGGACACUGCCCACUGGAGCCGGUCAUCUAUCCCUUCCAUGUUGGUGAACUGUAAGGAAGGUGGGAUGCUGGACUGCCCCAGUCUGAGACUCAUUUUUUCCUUUCUAUGGGUAGUUGUUUCUGAAUGAUAGGACAGAUGAUGGGUUCUACACAGUCAUCAGGGGGUGGCAUUUAUCUCUACAUGACUGUUUGCAAGGAGUACCAUUCUGCUCUGCUUGUUAGGAGAGAGGAACCCACUCAAGCCCAGAGUGUUCAACUGAUCUCUACCAUCCUUAGAUCUGUUCUUCAGGAGUUCAAGUAGGGGAGGUGGGGAUAGCAAGACUGUUAUAUGUUUUGAACCCAGGGUGUGGAUGGGUGGGAUGUGGUAUCAUGGGGAAGGCCUCAAGUUUUCCACUUUCAUUCUCUUGUUAUUAGGAGGUGAAGCAUGGACAGGCCUGUUUCUAACUUCUCCCCUUUCCGCUUAUCUUCUGAUCUUAAGGGCUGGGUGAUUUUAUCCUUUGUUAGAAGUUUUCUUGCCCUAGUAGUUCUGCUGGCCUGAUCAGGGCUGAGUGGGUGGUUUAAUGAGAAGCCACGGAGUGGGGGUGACGUAGCAGACCUCAAUAUCAAACCCUCUACUCUGAUUCUCUUUUUCUAGACCAGGACAAGCUAACCAAUGGAGGGUUUUUUUUUAAAUUGUUUCCAGGCCUGCAGACUAUCCUUGCUGUCUUCUUUCCUCUAGUCCAACAGCUUUCCUGGUCUUUUUUACCCAUUCCCAUUAAUGAAUCUGGGGAUUAGAGUGGAGGAUAAUGGGACCCUAAGUGCUUGUUGGUGCUGGUGGGAUGCAGUGGUCUUGAGGGUCCUCCCCUCACUAUCCUGUAUUGUUCAGAAGCUGCUGUUAAAGUAGCUGUAUAGGGGGCACUUGUACUUGAGGUCCUGGCCUAGGGCCUGACUCACAGUUUCUGGGAAGCUGUGGCUGUUUGUAGGCUCCUGUGUGUCUGCUGGCUGUGCCCUGAGCUCCAAGACAGCUGCCUGUAACCUAUCUGCUAAAGUCAGGGCCCAGGACCCUCAGCAUGACUGAGAGACCCCAGAAGGACUGUCCCAAGCCCUACUCCAUGGGGUCAGGCUUCCUGUCACCCUUGUCUAUAAACAGGCAGAUUCUUACCCCCUGACCCCACUCCAGAUGGACUGUGAAAGAUUUCAGGGGCGUCUCCCUCAGUGCCAGUUACUUUGUGAUGUGUUAUUAAGAUGUAGGUAUGUGCAGGUGUCCUGCUCUCUAGGCCUGUGUGUGUGUGUGUGUGUGUGUGUGUGUGCGCGCGCGCGCUCGUGUGUGUGUAGUAUGUGUGUGUGUGUAUAGUAUGUGUGUGGGGGGGUACUGGAGGUUGUAUUUUAUUUUACAAUGGAUUCAUUCCUCUGAUUCUACAGAUGCUUCCCUCCAUUUUUUUUUUUUUGCUCUCCUGAUUUUCCAUGUCUUGCCUGUUGCCUCUUCUCCUCUGAAUCUUUUCCUUUGCCGCCUUUAUUCAUUCACUGCUGUUGCCUAUUUUUUUUUCCUUCUCUGAUUCUCCACCCCACUUCGUUGUUGGUGAAGAUUUUGCCUCUUUUCCUGCCCUGUUCCCUCUGAGACCCUCCCUAAGUUAGAUAGAUGCCAGUUCAAAAUAGGCUUUCCUUGCUUCAGGCCUCACCCAUUCCCUCUAUUUUGGGGGGCUGCCAGGACCAAUUUGGGGCUGCAGGUGCAAGGAAGCUGCCUUGGGGGUUGCAUUGUGCUGCUCCAGAUCUGUCCAGCAGGGGGUGGUAAAUGCUCUUGGUAGUGUCCCUGGCUCGGAGGCCUUUUGGGCAGGGUGAUUCUGUAUUGCCAUUCACCUUACAGCUGUUUUGGAACAGGGUGUUUUAUUCCUAUUCUAUCCACUCCCUUCCUGGCUUUCUUCAGGUGGGUUUAAAUUUAUGCUUUCUCUCUCUUUCCAGCAUUCUUCCUGGGACUCCCCUUCCCCUCCCCCAGGUUUGUUUGUGGUGUUAUAGUGCUAAAUGCAGUUCUGAAGUGGUUUUUCUCCUUUUUCUUCCUCUGGAUAUAGACUGUAUAUGUUUAAUAAUUCACCUUCUCUAUCCUUGCUCAAAAUGUGGGAUAACGCAAUGACUGUGACCCUGGUUGGAAAUUAAACAUGUUUUAUGCAGCUUUGGAGCAGACCUUCAUCCUUGAUGUGCAGCAGCUGUGUGGCAGUGGGUUCCUGGUAAAGGUAGUCUUGCUUCUGGUUCCUCUUUCUAGACUGCUUCUUCUGGCACAGGGGCAACGGGAACACCUGAAGGGUGGAUGGAAAGUGACAGAGGACUUUGGGCCUGCUGGGAAGACUGCUUAUAUCCUCCCAUCCUACUCCACAGGGGAUCCAAAUUAAUUAGGCACCAGAGUACGAGAGCUCUGUGGCCUUGCUCUACUAGUUAUGAAGGACUAAACCAUGAAUUCAGCUGUAUUUAUCACCUGUUGGUAGACAGUGAUUGGAAAACUUCACAUUUCCUCUAUUCUCAGGCCUUCCUGUCCCCAUCACCAAGUGAUUCUAGUUUGAAAUACAGUCCCCUGAUGCAUCAGUUAGAGUCCCCUCCCACGUAGGUCUGGACUUUGGCAGUCAUAAGCACGAAGGAUAAGCAUCUAGGUAGUGUAAUGAACUUGAUUCUUUUACAGUGUAUGGCCCUGUACAACUCUACUUCUGGGAGAUGGUUCCCCUUUGUCAGGAAGCCAUCCUUCAUCCAGAGACUGCACAAAUAUCUUAGGGAAUGGUCUUCUUUUUCAUAAAACCUCCAUUAUCCCAUCCUUUUCCCACCCCUGCCCAUUCCUGUCCCUGCACUUCUGAAGGUGCUAUCCUUAAGCUGGGGGAGCCACGCAGCCCUCCUGUUCUCACUACUCUCUUCAACUUUUAGUGAAGAGGUCUCAACCCACUGUGGUGGGAAGAGGACGGAAACUAGGCAUGCAAUAAAUUUGAGUCCCAAGUACCAAUGUGAAGUCUAUGAUAUGUAUUCAGUUAGCCCCUCUGUUGCCUUCCUUGCCAAUUGUCCUUUUUAGCCCGUGACCUAUUAUUAAUGUUAUUUACUUUAAGGACUUUUAAGUGCUUCUUGCCCACAUUUGGCCUUCAAACUACUCCAGUCAGACACCCCUGUAUCAGUCUGUAGCUUCAAGCAUUAUCUACUUCCCCUCAACAUCAUGUGAUACUUUUCCUCCUUCAAGGCUUCUUCAAGGUUCUACUUGAUGACUGAUUGCUAUUAACAGCACCUUUCCCAAGUGCUUUGUGUGUUAAUAAAUAUAUAAAUCCCA